AUGCUGGGCCCCCACCUCGCAUCGCCACCUCUGGGGCUCAGUGAAGGAGGGCCCUCUCCCUGUUCUUUUCGAAUCCCCGAUGGGAGCUACAGGUGCCUGGCCCUAGAGAUGGAGGACAGUGGUGGUGAGGAGGGCCUGCAGGGAGAGGCAGGGCUCACGGACCUGGAGGAGGAUGGGGAGGCCAGCAGGAGUCGGGGCAAGUCCAUCUGCACAACUGCCCAAGGGACACUGCAGCUGCCCAGACUCCUGGACAUCCGGCCGCCCAGCUGCUCUAGGAAGGCAAGAGGGGGCGCCCAGCAUGACAACAGGACCAGUCAGGACUGGGACAUGGUGAAGUCCCGGCAGGUGCUGGCAGCUGGCCCCGGCCCCAGAGUGGCCCAGAAACCAGCGCUGGGCCGGAGCACUAGCCUCACCGACAAGGAUCUGAACGAGGCCAAGGCACGGAGUCAGCAGAUCGCAGCACAGCUCAGCACUCCACCCAGCUCCAACUCACGGGGCGUCCAACUCUUCAACAGGCGCCGGCAGAGGGUGAACGAGUUCACCUUGGAGAGCCACGGCCAGAGAAGACCCGAACCCAGCUCCCAGCGCCUCAGUGUGCCCCCUGCCAGCCCCACAGGCCAUGCGCAGGGGUUCAGCCUGAGGCCCACAGUACGCCCCAAACCAGGCAGUCCCAGCAAAGCCCACCCUCCAAGUCCUGGCACAGGGCUCCCGGGUCCCAGCAUGGAGGGGUGCUCAGAGGAGGCCAGCUUGCUGCGGCACCUGGAGAAGGUGGCCAGUGAGGAGGAGGAAGUGCCGCUGGUGGUUUAUUUAAAGGAGAACGCAGCCCUGCUGACGGCCAAUGGGCUUCACCUGUCCCAGAACCGUGAGGCCCAGCAGGCCCCACCAACUCCACCUCCAGCUGAAGUUCAGAGCCCAGCCGCAGACAUCAACCAGAACCUCCCCUCCCCUGAGGCCAUGCUCACGGCUCCAGCUUCUGACAGCAAUCACAGCCCACCAGCCCCGGAUAUCAACCAGAACCCCCCGGCUGCUGUGGGGCCUCACCACGUGGCACCUUCUAGUGCCCAACAGAACUCCUUAGAGGAGCAGCUGCCUCAAAAUGGCACCGUGCCGGGCACCGAGCCCAGGCCCCUGUGUGCUGGAGGGCCAGAAAUGAAGUCCAGCACCCUCAUCAUCGAUAAGGUGUCCGCUCCACCUUCUACCACCCCCCCCUGCUCCAGGGACACCGCUCCCAUCCCUAGCUCAGAGGCUUCCACCCCAGAGUUCAUGUCCAGCUCCCUGCUCAUUGACAUCCAGCCCAGACAAGCAGCGACACCUGAGGAACAUGACCUUUCUGGGCGGGCAGCCCCCACCACGCCCACCAAGCAGUAUAGUGAGGUCCACCUCACGCUGGCCAAGUCCCCGUCAGUGGUCAAUAGGACGGCCAGGCCCUUUGGGAUCCAGGGACCAGGGGCUACCAGCCAGAUGGAACGAAGCCCCAUGGUGGAGAGACGGCAUCUCGGGGGGAAGGGCCCAGCCUCCCAGCCCCCAGCCAUGGCCGACAGAAGCCCCCGGCCACAGAGGCACGUGAUGGCCUACAGCCCCAUGAUGGAGAGGAGGCCCUUGGUGCAAAGAAGCCCAGCUUUGGAGAGACGGCCCUUGGGGAACUUCACCCCGCCCCCCACCUACGCCGAGACUUUGUCCGCAGCCCCCCUGGCUUCUCGGGUGAGGUCUCCCCCCUCUUAUUCUGCUCUAUACCCCGGCUCUGACCCUCAGCCUUCUCGUCCGAAGGGCCAGGCAGCCCCCGCCAACAAGACAGGCAUCCUGGAGGAGUCGAUGAUACGCCGGAGUGGCCGGAAGUCCAUGUUCACCUUCGUGGAGAAGCCCAAGGUGACCCCGAACCCAGACCUGCUGGAUCUGGUGCAGACAGCCGACGAGAAGCGCAGGCAGAGGGACCAGGGGGAGGCGGGCGUGGAGGAGGAGCCCUUUGCGCUGGGGGCUGAGGCCUCCAACUUCCAGCAGGAGCCGGCGCCCCGGGACAGGGCCAGCCCCGCGGCCUGCGAGGCCCCGCCGGAGUGGGCCUCCUGCCUCAAGUCCCCCCGCAUCCAGGCCAAGCCGAAGCCCAGGCCCAACCAGAACCUCUCCGAGGCGUCCGGGAAGGGGGCUGAGCUGUACGCGCGCCGCCAGUCGCGGAUGGAGAAGUAUGUCGUGGAGUCUACGGGGCACCCCACCACCACCGCCGCCGAGCGCGCCCGCUGCCCGUCGCCCACCAUGUCCCUGCCCUCCUCCUGGAAGUACACCACGAGCCCCGGGGCCCUGCGGGUGGCCCGGACGCCGCCGGCCUCCCUCUAUCACGGCUACCUGCCCGAGAACGGGGUCCUGCGCCCCGAGCCCAGCAAGCAGCCUCCGUACCAGAUGCGGCCCUCGCUCUUCGCCCUCUCGCCCAUCAAGGAACCCGCCCGCGCCUCUCCACGAGCCGCCUCGCCAGCCAAGCCCAACUCCCUGGACCUGGUGCCCAGCCUGCCCAAGGCGGGGACUCCAGCAUCUCCCGCCCUGCCAAGGCCCUCCCGCUCCUCACCGGGGCUCUACACCUCGCCGGGCCACGAGGGCCUUCAGCCCACCACCGGGAGCCCCACCUACAGCAGCGAUAUCUCCCCCGUGUCGCCCUCCAGGGCGUGGUCCCCUCGGGCCAAGCAAGCCCCACGGCCCUCCUUCUCCACUCGGAACGCGGGCAUCGAGGCACAGGUGUGGAAGCCUUCCUUCUACUUCAAGUAGCCGGACACCCCCUCCCCCCGGGGGUCCCUAUGCCAGCCCCUGCCGGGGGCCUCCCUCUGAAGGCCGGAUGGUGGAGAUAGAACCUGCCAGAAGGCCCAGGGCCGGUCAGGUAUAUGGGAGCCUGAGAUUCCCAGGUCGGAUGCUGCCGCCAGCCAGCUUGGAGGCCUGGGGCAAGUCUCCCCAGUCCGGCCUCUCCUACCAGCCUGGGGAUUGAACCCUACAUCUGAGGGAUUGCUGACCCCUUCUGUUUCUGAGUGAGGAGAGGGGCCCCUGAGGAGCCAACUCCCUGCCAGGCCCGCAUGAGACUGAGAGGGUGUCCUCUGACCUUCGGGAGCUGGAGGGGUGCGGGGUCUGACCACAGCGUCUUGCUGGGGAAGUGCCUGAGGAGGCCCUAAUUGGCUUUGGCAGCAAGCAGAGCCUGCCAGGCCUGUGAAAUGAUGGGCUGCCCGCGAGGGACCUCCCCCACUGUGAGCCAGCCUCCCGGUGGCAUCUUUCUGCCUCUGCUGGAUUCUCACCUCCACAGGCCUCUCUUCCACCUCUGCCUUCUGGACUCUGCUUCUCACAGCUCUGCCUCCACCUCCGCCUCCAUCUCCCCGCCUGCCCCGAGUCCUUCUGCUGGGCCUGGACUUGGCUCUCCACUGCUGCCUGCCUCCUGCCUUCCCGUCCCUCUGCUCAGCUCCCCCCC